UGUAACAGAAUCCUCUCCAGGGAAUUUCAUGUUAUCUCUCAAAACCGACCUUUAUUUCUUCAGCUUAAAGCUUCCUCUGUUUUGAUUAUUCUGUUAAUGCACUCUUAGAGUGAGAGAGUGAAGAGUAAAGAUGGAUGUUAUUAGACGAAGAGCAGCGGCUAGAAAUUCUGUGGUUGCUGGAUCUGUUUGGGAGAUUAGAAUGAAGUGCGAUGAAGUCAAAGGUGGGAUUAAGGUCUUCAAUGGCGAAGAGAAUUUUGAGGAAGGCGGUGGUGAUGAUAAAGGGCUUCAGUUUUAUACGCCGUUGAAGCGGAAUCAGAUUGGUGGAACGACGGCGAGGAGGAAGACGUGGAAUGACAGAACCCCCUUUCAGAUUAGGAAGACGAGAUUAGAACUGAAAAAAUUUAGUGAUGAAUCUUGCAAGGAAUUAAAUAUGUCUGUUGAUUCAAUUGAGGAAAACCAGAUUCAGAUGAGGAAAACAAGAUCAGAAACGCAUAGAGUUUCUGAUGAAUGCUGUAAGGGGCUUGAUAUGUCUGUUGGCUUCAAUUCUCCUCGAAGGUUAUGGAUGGAUGAUGAUGGAAUUGAUGCUGAUGGAGAGGAGGAAGGAGAAGAUGAAGAGGAUGAUUUAGAGAUUGAGGUAGAGAAGAAGACUUAUGAUGAUAAGGAAGUCAACUUAGCAGAACAGAAGAAAUCCAUUGACAUAUCAGAACAGAAACUCAAAGAAAUAGAAGAAGAAAUAAAGAAGGUUCACCAGAUUCCUCGAAAGCCAAUACCCAUUUCAGCAAAUGUGAAGAAGGAGCUAUCUCCGGUAAUCAAUCCGCCGGCUUUUGAUCUCACAAAAGCCAAGAAAGUUGUGAAUGAAGAGAAGAAAGUUCGUCAGAUGCGAGAAAAACCCAAACACGUCUUUUCAAGAGUGAAUAAACAGCAAACCUCUGUUAGAUUUCCACCUCUAAUUGAUCCUUCUCUCAGAAAAGCACCGCCAAUUGCAGAUUCAAAGGUGUUCGAUAGAAUUCCAGAGACACCAAACAAGUUGCAGAACAUUGUGGACUUGGUGAUGUGGAGAGACAUCUCAAAAUCAGCUUUUGCUUUUGGAGUGGGAUCGUUCUUCCUGUUCUUAUCAUCCUUCACCACAGAGUUUAAUUUUAGCUUGAUUUCUGCAAUUUCCUACAUGGGGCUUGUCUAUCUUGCUGCACUCUUUUUGUAUAAAUCAAUUCUAUGCAGGGGAAUAGCUGUGGAUAAAUCAAACCAGGAUUAUAUUGUUGGAGAAGAAGAAGCAAUUUUGUUACUAAGACGAAUCCUUCCUUACUUGAAUGAGUUCCUGUUGACUCUCAAGGGCCUCUUCUCAGGAGACCCUGCCUCUACAAUGAAGGUAGCAGUAUUGCUGUUUAUUUUGGCUCGAUAUGGAAGCUCCAUAACCAUGUGGGAGAUGGCCAAAUUGGGUUUCUUCGCAGUCUUCACAGUCCCAAAAGUUUGCUCUUCGUAUUCCAGCCAACUCAUAGCUUUAGGGAAGUUUUGGAUCAGACGAAUUAGGGAUGCUUGGCAUUCGUGCCCCCACAAGAAAGCCGUGGCAGCUGCCGUUUUUAUCCUCAAGUGGAAUUUCUCUUCCGUCGUGGUCCGCAUUUGGGGAGUGUUCAUGUUGUUUGUGGCCGUUCGAUAUUAUCAAGAAUCAUUAUUAACUAAGGAUUGUGGAGACGAAGAAAUGAGAGAGGGAGAAGAUUCCAGUUGGAGGGAAGGAGAGUGUGUGGGGCAGAGAUAAGGGUCUGGUUGGCCAACCAUAGUUGAACUGGUUAAAGAAAAGAAAGGUAUCGUGGAACAGGAGCUCAUGGCGUAUUUAGCUGUCAGC